GUUAAUUAAAGUGAGAGAUGUCAUCUAUAUUGAAUAAAUUUAAGAAAUAAACAACAUCUGAUACUCCAGCUGGUAUUAAAUUAGAAAAUACAUCAUUUGGUUAAUAAGCUGGAACAUAUUAGCCUCCAAUAAUUCCUGCAGUUUAAUUACCAUAAUCUAAUUAACCAAGAUAAAAAGGAAGACCUGGUGGAGGUAAGAAUAUAUGAAUUUAAAUAAAGGUUGGGAUGAUGAGCCUUAGCCUUAGAUUGAAAAAAAUACUAUAUAAAAUAAAAAAGGGACCAAUUCAAUUAAUUUGUUAAAUGAUACUCCUCCUAAGUAAAAUGAAUAAAAAAUUAAUCAUGAUGUUCUUCUACCUCCUUAACCUGUCAUAGGAAAUAUUUAAUUGAGCAGAAUUACAGAGUAUAGAAAGGGAUAGUUAUUAACUUAUGAAGAAUUAGAAUAAGGAGGAUUGUAAUUAAUUAUUUAAUGUUUAGUGAUUAUGAAUUCCAUUUGGUAGAUGAAGCCAUUAAAUUGGGUGGUAUCAAAUUAAAACAAAGUGAUACCGUACUUAAAGAAUUUGCAAGAGCUAUUACAACUAUUUAAGAAUAACUUAUAGGAAGCAUACUUUUAAAUAAAUUACAUAGUGAUGAUAACUGGAAAGUGUAAAUUGUAAAAUCUUUGAUUAAUUUAUUAGAGAUGUAUAUAUGCUAUAUAAUAUGUGUGUUAAUAGUAUUAAAACUAUAGAGAAUUCUUCUAAGUCAAUCAAUAAUAUUUGAGAGUAGAAACAGACUAAUAAUUGUUAUCAGGAGCUAUUGAUUAAACAUUAGCUGAAGUUAAUGGUCAAUCAAUUUAAAAACAAAAGGUUAUUAAUUAUUUUUAAUUACAAGGAAUUUUAAUUUGAAUUUAGAGAACCACCUAAACCAUAAUCAACUUCAUAAACUUCAUAGAAUCAAUAGCAAAAUUUGAUUGAUAUUUUAGAUGCUCAACCAAAUGAUUCAUCAUAACAAAAGUAAUAGUAAUAAAAACUUAAUUUAAAAUAACUUAAAAUUAAAUAACCUAAUGUUUAGACAUAAUAGUUACCUUAAACAUAAUAAUAAUCUUAAGUAACAUAGCCUUUUGUGUAAUAAUAACCUUUUAUUUAAUAACAAUAAUAAAACUAGUAUAAAAAUACGUAAACGAUUAAUUUAUUAGAAGCAUUUAGUGAUCUGUCUUUAGAAAAUUAUAAUUAAUAAUAAAUAUAACCAACAUAAUAAUAAAAAUACUUAUAAUAAUCAUAUUAAUAAGUAAAUUAUUAAUAACAAUAAUAAUAACAAUAACAAUAAUAAUAACAAUAACAAUAAUAAUAACAAUAAUAAUAGCAAUAAUAAUAAUAAUAAAUUCAAAAUGGAAUAAGUUUUGAUGAUUUACUUAAUUAGUAAACAACAAAUUAAUAAUAAACUUAACCAAAAAAGAAUGCCUUUGGAUUUUUAAAAAAAGAUUAGUAACAAUAAUUGGCAUCUUAAAAUAAUUAAUAAGCAUAAUAAACUAUAAAUUUACUAAAUUCUCCUUAAUAAUUGUAUUAAUAACCUUAAAUAAAUAAUUAGAUUCCAUAAUAGCAACCAUUAUAUUUUAAUAAUCAAUCUCAUAGCAAUUAAAAUCAAUAAAUUUAUACGUAAAAUCAAGCACAAUUUAGCAAUCAAUAAUAUUCAUAAAAUAACAAAAAGGAUUUAAUUGAUUUUCUAAAUAUGUGA